AUGACGUGGGAGACGAAAAAAAAGUUCAUUUUCGAGGACGGCAUUGAAGUAUUUGGUGCUACUUUCAGUGGAUUUUUUUCAUCGUCAGUGCAAUAUUAUGAACUGUGUACUGUGUUUUCAGUUUACGACGAGGAAGGAAACCUGGUGAAAACCUUCACCAACCCCUACCUGCGUGACUUUGCUCUGAACCCGGACAAACGGACGUCGUUCACCGGACUACUGAACCCGUUUUUUGCUUUCUUCAGACCGUCCCCGGCCGCCGCGGUGAUGCACUACAUGGUGCCGGUGUCCAGCGAGGUGGUGCAGCACAUCCACGCCGACCCUGCGCUCCAGAACAAGUUCCAGCUGCUGCCUACUAAGGAUGCAACCGUAGAACCCAACCCACUCUGCGCCGGCCGCCGCGACCAGGUCCCCUCACCGCUGGCCUGCAGCAGCUUCCUCAACUGCUGGGAUGGCUGGGCCUUCGAGCAGCGCUGCCCGGACGGGCUGCUGUUCUCCACCCAGGGCUACUGCGACUACCCGCGGAAUGUUGAUUGCUACGAGCGAAGGGUUAAAGAAGAGGUCACGCCUCGUUGCGGCAAGGAGUUCGAGGCGUUCAGGAACCAAGAGCAUUGCGGGGAGUUCUUUGUGUGCGUCAACCAAGUGCCAGUCAAGUUUAAAUGUCCUGCCGACCUCGCGUACAGUCAGGAACUAGGAAUCUGUGACUACCCUCAGAGAGUCAGCUGCGACACUUCUUUUGAGUCUUCAUCACCACCAUCAUCAUCUUCACCACCAUCUUUAUCAUCAUCACCAUCAUCAGCACCUGCUUCUCCACCCUCACCACCGUCGGAAGCUCCACAGACUGCUCCUCCCGUCGUCUCCAAUCCUCAAGCUGAUGCUGUAGAGACGAAGCCAGCAUCUGGGCUGCCGCCCCCAGUACUGACUUCGCUAACUAAGACGGAUUAUAACAAAGAGAGCUGGUCUACAACACAUGUGGCGAUAUCUCGCCAAGACGCCAUCCGCCAACUGGAGCUGAGUCGCCUCGCUAAAGUCAACACCAAGUGAACACCCCUUAGCCUCUAGUACGGGUUUUAAAAUUUACGCUAACGAAAAAAAUUUUGACUUUCUGUCAUCUUCUGCAUACAUUAUCUGUCAAAAGUUUCAUGAUAGUUUCCACUUUGUAUGCUAGAAAACGUAACUUUUACCUAUAGUUUUCGACAAAUUAUCAGACCUGUACUAGACGUACUUAUGUAACUUCGAGUAACACUACUUUUACUACAAUAAGAAAACUAAGAAAGUGGUUCCGCUUUGCUCCAAAUUCGCAGACUCGAAGAGAAUACACACGUCAGUUAGAUAACUACUUAUGUAUGUAAGUGUAUGUAUGUGUGCACUUUUACAUCAUAAGUUAGGUAAUAAUAGACGAGGUUUUGACACCUAGGUCACUUGUCUAGGUUAGGUUUUUAUGAAGGAGAUUUGUCGCAAACGGAAUUACUUUUUGUAAACGUGUGUUUGGUAAAGAUAAUUUUGCAAUUUAACUAUAGCUAGUGAGAGCUAACGUAUUUAGAUUAAUAUUAUUUACCGUCUAAUUAUUUCAUUAAAUUAGUAUUAUUUUAUGCAUA